AGCAUCUGCGCGUUACGACCGAAACUUUGGCGGAGGAGGGCGGCAAACCCGGCAAGCCGGCGGACAAGGCCCAGCACCAGAUGCACAAUGCGAACCAAAGUCAGAAUUCGGAGGUCAAUGUCUACAGGGAGCACAAGCUGGACGCCUGGAAGCUGGAGCGCAGCUACACGCUGGCCGUGGAGUCGCGUCACGGCAUCAUUGAGUACGAGGGCUCGCCCAGACGCAUUGGAGUAACCAGCACCAGCAAUUUGGGAGCAACUGGAGCGGCGGCGGCAUCAGCAGCAGCGGACGAAAGCGAACCACCAGCAGCGGCAGAAGCUGCAGUUGUAGCAACAACAACACCGCAACCACAACAGCAGGUGCCCAUGGCCACCGUACCACCGCUGAGCUCCACGGCCACCUCGCUCCAAAAGACGGCAGCCCGCGCAGCACUGGCUGCUCUGGCCCAGAGCCAUCCACACAGCUCCCACAACAUACUCAGCUCCCUGCUCCCGCACUCUCCUAAUCCAGUGAAUCCCGGCCAGAUGCACGCGGCGCAGCAGUCCAUCCAGAACUAUCCAGUGCGUCCUGGAUUUCCGCAGCGCAUCAUCUCGCCGCCCAGUCGUGACCCAAGGAGCAGCUCCCCUCCCCUGCAGCAGCAGCAAUAUCAGCAGCAGCAGCAGCAACAACAGCAGCAGCUGCAACAUCAGCAGCAGCACUUUGCCAGUCUGAUGAGCAGUCACAGUAACAACAACUCCAACACCAACAAACAGCCGCUGAGCAGCGACAACAAUGCGGAGGACACCAGCAACGAUGUGUCCGAGAUUGGCACCAUAUCCGACCUGACCACUCCGGAGGCAGUGGGUCUGUCUAUUGGAAUCGCCGGAGGCGAGAUGGCCAGCCGGGCGGGCACUCCACCGCAAACGGCGCAAGCACCACCGACAGCAGUGGCGGGCAGCACUGUCAACGGAACCGGAAGCGGAAACGGAACAGCAACCGGAAAUGCAACAGCAGCGGGCAGCGGAUUGGGUCCCUUGAGCCUACACACGAAAUCCUCGACCUUCGAUUAUCUCUACGAGUUCUCGGAGACGCGCAAGGUGCUGGAGGAGUUCUUCAAGUGCCCCUCCACCGACGAGCAGCCCAUCAUGGAAAAUGGUAGCGAUGUGGACAGCAUUGAUAUCCAGUACGAGUUCCACAGCAACUUUGAGCGCGACGAGGAGGAUUUGGCCGAGGAGGAAGAAGCCGAAGACGACGAGGAGGUCGACGACGAUGCCGACGAGGAGAACGAUGAGGCCGAGGAUGAGGACGAGCCGUUGGAACAGGAUCGUGAGCAGAACUACCGCGCACAGGGGGCGCCCCAAUCCGGCCACAUCGAUUCCGAGCGCCUCGUUUUCAGUGGUUAUGGACAGCAGCCGCAAUUGCAGGCGCAGCUCACCGCUCAGCCGAUGGGCGGGGCGAGACGACACUAUAGCGGCAGUCCGCUAAUGCGGGACUUUGACUUCUUCCUGGACUCCACCAGUCGGAGCAGCGGCGAGCGGGAUGCCGACCAGGAUGGGCUUAAUCACAACCAGCUGCUGAGCACGAGCAGCGGACAUGGCGGAGGCGUGGGAGUGGGCGGUGGAAUAGGCGUGGGCCCGGGUGGAGGCCACAAUUACCGCUAUUCUCCGGAAACCACCGACUACGAUUCCAACUGCGGCGAUCUGGACAGUCUCUCGGGAGAGAUGAAUGGCGGGGUGUCGACCUCCUGCUCAAACUACGCAAAGUUCUAUGCCUCGGCCAUGCCCGUCCUGGAGGAUGGCCUCUCCUCCGGUCACACCAGUGACACCGAGAACAACAACAACAACCAGAAGAACCUGCAGCAGUCGACGGCCAACCAGGGCGGCCAGUGCCCCACCAGCUUGAGCGGUAGCACUAGCAUUGGUGGCAGUGGAGGGAUCUCCAUGCUGAUGGACAUGAAGCGCAUCUCGACGAACCACAGCCUCAACAGCAUGAAUAACCAGACCACCACCGCCUCCACGACAACGGAUAGCAAUGGCGGCGUCGGCGUGGUGGGUCACCACCUGGUGGCCACACUGGUGGCCAGUCCCAACAAUGAGCAGGCGAAGUCACAGGGUCAAACGCAGCUGCAAUCCCAUCCGCCAAAGACAUUGUCACUAGAUCAGAGUCCCAGCAACCACAGUAAAGUGUUCAAGAACAUUGAUCCGGAGUUGGAUUCGCUCUACUCGAUCGGAGUCUUCCACCGUCCAGACACGGUGCAGAUGACGCCACCUCCUCCCGCUCCGGCGCCACAUCGAAAGCCCAAUAACAAUGGCUGCUCCAGUGGCGUUGUGAACACUAAUGGCAGCCUAGCCGGUGGCAGCAACGACGUGGAUCUGCUGCAGCCGAGCAGCAAGCACACUCCAUUGGCGGCGGCCAUCAGUUCCACGCUGCAGCGCAGUUCGCCCACUUCGACAUUAACCGGCAAUGGAAUUGGAACCGGAAGUGGAAAGACCAGAAGCGCCGGCAGCAAUUGCAGCAGCAGCGCCAACGGCGGCAUGCCACCGCCCAUUCCGGAGCGCACCAACCUGGUAUCCGCAGUGCAAAGAUCUCCAUCGCCUGGCGCCAAUUCACCCGUAUGGCUAUCGCGCCACUUGGACGGCGGUGCUGGAAAGGAUCUGCUGGAAUCCGGCUCGGAUAACCACUCAAAGAACCACAGUGCCGACGAGGAAGACGUGGACACCGAUCUGGAGACGGACCGCCUGCUGGGCCACCAGAGGCUGGACGACCAGGGCUAUUACGAUGAGAACAAGAGCUGGGAUCGCAAGCCGCGCUCGCUGCUCUCGAAGAUCUCGCCCAAGCAGCAGAUACCGAGCACCAAGACGCGCAACGGCUACAAUGCCCUGCUCAGCUCCACGCCGGAGCUACCGCCACCGAUUCCGCCGAAGGGUCAGUCUGGAUUGGGAUUGGGUCUCACUCUGAGUGCCGGUAAUGGCGGCAAGCUGCUUGACUUGGUUGGCGGCAUGGUGCAGCGCAGUUUAUCGCGGAGCUCGUCGGAGCACAGUGAGAAAUCGCUCAGUAAAAUGCCAAUUUCUGGCGGGGAUCUGUGUGCCGGCGGCGUCGAUGUGGUAGCCUCAACUGUGGCGGCCACCUCGACAACGGUGGUGGCCAGUACGCCGGCGUUGGGAAGUCCCGGCAACGGGGGUGGCUCGGAGAGAUCAGCUGCAGAAAUGGGCAAUCCGGGAGGAGCCGUUAAGCUGAGCGAGCAGGAGAUUGGAACCAUUAAUGGUGGCAGCGUCAUGCCAUUGGGAGCAGGAUCGGGCACUGGAUCUGGAGCAGGAUCGGGAGCGGGAUCUGGAACGGGAGCCAAUGCAGCUGUGGUGGCCAAUAGCAACGCCAACAACAACAACGUCGGCGGCGGCGGCGGAAACAACAGCAGCGGCAGUGGCGCCGGCAGCAACAGCAACAGCGGCGAGAAAAAAGUGAAAAAGAGUAAGAGCAAAGAAGGCGGUGCAGUGCUCAUCGAGGGCGUUCUCUUCAGGGCCAAGUACUUGGGCUCCACGCAGCUGGUCUGCGAAGGUCAGCCCACGAAAUCAACGCGAAUGAUGCAGGCGGAGGAAGCCGUCUCCAGGAUAAAGGCGCUGGCCCCCGAUGGCGAUGUGCAGCCCAGCACAGAGGUGGAUCUGUUUAUAUCGACGGAGAAGAUCAUGGUUCUUAACACGGACCUCAAGGAAAUCAUGAUGGAUCACGCCCUGCGCACGAUCUCCUAUAUCGCGGACAUCGGGGAUCUGGUGGUUCUGAUGGCCCGUCGUCGCUUCGUUCCCCAGGACAUCGAUGAUGCUCCCAAACCGAAUCGCACGCCCAAGAUGAUCUGUCACGUGUUUGAGAGCGAUGAGGCGCAAUUUAUUGCCCAAUCUAUUGGCCAGGCCUUUCAGGUGGCCUACAUGGAGUUCCUCAAGGCGAAUGGCAUUGAGGAUCAUCGGUUUGUCAAGGAGAUGGACUACCAGGAGGUGCUCAACAGCCAGGAGAUCUUCGGCGACGAACUGGAGAUCUUUGCCAAGAAAGAGCUACAAAAGGAGGUGGUCGUUCCAAAGGCCAAGGGCGAGAUUCUGGGCGUGGUGAUCGUGGAAAGCGGCUGGGGCUCAAUGCUGCCCACCGUGGUAAUUGCAAAUCUGAUGAGCUCGGGAGCUGCUGCCCGAUGCGGGCAGCUCAACAUCGGCGACCAGUUGAUCGCCAUCAAUGGACUGAGCCUCGUGGGUCUGCCGCUCUCCACCUGCCAGACGUACAUCAAGAACACCAAGAACCAGACGGUGGUCAAGUUCACGGUGGUGCCAUGUGCCCCAGUCGUCGAGGUGAAGAUCAAGCGGCCGGAGACCAAGUACCAGCUGGGAUUCAGCGUCCAAAACGGAGUGAUCUGCAGUCUGUUGCGAGGUGGCAUUGCGGAAAGGGGUGGGGUUCGUGUGGGUCAUCGCAUCAUCGAGAUAAACAACCAGAGCGUGGUGGCUGUGCCCCACGAGAAGAUCGUGAACUUGCUGGCCACUUCAGUGGGAGAGAUACUCAUGAAAACGAUGCCCACGUCCAUGUUCCGCCUGCUCACUGGCCAGGAAAAUCCCAUAUAUAUUUAAGCCUGCGGGAGAGUAAUAAACGGCGAUUAUUGUUAACUAUAAAAAAAAACACAACCUUACAAGGGUAUUACGAUAUUUAGUAUAUAUACCUAUACAUAUAGAGAAGGAAAGUGAAAGAAAGAGUAAAUAUAUGUAUGUAUAUGCGUGUGUACCUAUAUAUAUAUGCUAAACAUAUACUACACACAGGUGUAUCGAUUUUUUUUGUGAGGUAAUACUAGACAAAGUUCGAUCGGAGGCAAGUUAAGAUCAGCUACUACGACAAAUAAGAGGAAGCGAUAACUAACAUACACAUGGCACGCCUUUUUGCAAAGCUUAGUAAUAAUAGUUAAUAAUGUGUGUGAGUUGGGCCAUCGGCCAGGACAUGCAUAUAUACAUACAUAAAUAUAUAUGAACAGAAUGACCUUUUUGCGAAAACGUCCUUAGCUUAGUGGAACGGCGACAUUAGUCAGAGAGUACAGCAGCUAUAGUAACAGAUUCCCCAUAUAUGCUUACCCCAUACUUAUUGUAAAAAACCAAAA